AUGGGCUUAAAAGUUAUACCGACAACAACACCGGAAACAACUUUAAAAGAGCCAAAAGCAGGAAAGGGAAUUAGGAAUCAAUUUUGGUCGACAGGUUUCAUUAAAAAUGAUGAGCAAACACCGAAACGACCUGAAUCAACUGUCAGUCGGCAAUUCUUACCGAAGAAAAAACAUGGAAUUAGUGAGCGUGAAGAUCUGAAACAACCCUUUCCGUACACGCCAUUCAAAUCCGGUACAUUAACUAAGAAAACAUUAAUGAAUGUAUUGCACGAUGCUAACUUGAAUACACAGUUAAACGACGAUUUAUCACAAAUUUAUGGUACCCAACAGCAAUCAGCUUUUCCGGGCUAUCCGCGGACAGUGUCCAGUAUGCAAGGAACAUUGAGGGCACAUCACAACAAUGGCUUAUAUGCUACCAGUGCUAUACCACGUCCGGAAUCGAAAGGCAUAUGGAGUGGAUCGCAAUCCGGAAUAAUUCCGCCACCGCCAUCGGGACCAUACCGUCCGGCUAGUGCAAUGAAUAUGCCUACCUUAUCUCGACCCGCUUCAAGAGCGAAUAGUGAUUUAGGAAUAGGCGCUGUUUCCUUUUGCGAUAAUAUUGGUAAUGUACCUUCGAGAUAUCAAAGUUAUUGUACACUUCCACGGCCGGAACAAAUCGAUUUCGAUCAACAUUCAAAUUACGGCAAUGAAAUUAGUCAAAUGGCUAAACAAAUUAAUCAAUUAUACGGUCCCCACACUUCACAGAUUCAACCAUCAAUUAGUCCUACUCUAACUAACAAACAGACUAUAUUACCAAGCAGUCGACCGGCAUCAUCGAUGCUUGUUGGAGCUCCCGGAAUGGCUAUGGUAAUAUUUGGUUGUGGAGUUUUACGGAUAAUUUGGAAUUUGAAAUGGGCAAUGGGUAUUGAAAUUGUUCUUGCUGUACUCAUUUUCAUGGCUGGCGUUACCGGAAUAUGCGCAAGUAGUCGAAGAUCUUAUAGCGCAGCAACAGCAACAUUUAUUUUGUCAAUGUUGAAUUCCAUUCUCUCUGUUAUACCAUUCGCAUUGGGUGUUCUUCCGGCUAUAGCGAAUGCAUUUCCCGCACUGAAUCCGGAAUGGCUAUUCGACAUGUAUGAAUCAUGGGCCAUCGAUUAUUUGCUAAGUUUCAUUUGUUUUGCUGAGAUUGUGAUAACAGUGAUAUCAUCAAUUUAUGGAUGCAGAGCAUUUGGUUUAACGAUGAGGCUUGUUGAGAAGCUUCGUUUUAGUGUUGAUCUGAACACUGUAUUCGAAGGUUUAUCACCAGCUAAUCAAAAAGAAUUACAUGGAAUUGACAACAAAGAAGCAAUAUGA